UUGUUGUCCGCCAUAACAGGAGAGAAAAAUUUUUGUAUCUGCGUUCCGGUAGUGCAAGCCGUCGUUUUACGGGUCACUGUAGUGGAUCAUUUGUUGAACGAGUAGCUGCGCAUUUCCAGCGUCACCAUGGCAGACAAAAUAGACAUGUCCUUGGACGACAUCAUCAAGAUGAAUCGGAGCCAGUACCGGACGACGCGAGGCCGUGGCAGGGGCCGUGGUCGAGGCGCGGGCAGCUUCGCUGGACGCGGAGCGGCACGUGGAUUUGGAGGAGCCGGUGGCGGUGGUGGAGCUGUUCGAAGAGGCACGCUUAGAGGACGUGUCCGUCAGCAGCCCUACACUAGGAGCUUUACGCAAACCAAAGAGCUUCCUGACCGGUGGCAGCAUGACAUGUAUGAUGGAGUUGGCGCUCGACGUGCCUUGUCCGGCGGCCUCGGAGGUGCUGGCAUGGGCCCCUCCAAGCUGCUGGUCUCCAAUCUUGACUACGGAGUGUCUGACGCUGACAUCAAGGAGUUGUUUGCUGAGUUUGGUCCUCUGAGGAAGGCAGCUGUGCACUACGACCGUUCUGGGCGCUCGCUGGGCACUGCAGACGUGGUUUUUGAGCGGCGCACAGACGCUGUUCGGGCAAUGAAGCAGUACAACGGCGUGCCUCUCGAUGGCCGGCCCAUGAACAUCCAGCUGGUCACCUCAGCAGUUGGUGCUGCUGCACUCUCUCCAGCAUCACGGCUUGGUUAUGCGGCUACAGGAGGCGGUGGGGCCCCUUCACAGCGUCCUCGUGGAGGUGGUUUCCGAGGCCGUGGCAGAGGCAGGGGCGGCCGAGGUGGCGGCAACGUCCAACGCAAGGUGCCAACUGCAGAAGAACUGGAUGCAGAGCUUGACGCCUACGUCAACAAGAUGGAGUGAGAAAGAAGCACGCCAGGACCCUUCGUUCAAGCACAUCCCGAUCCUCUCGUCAAGACGACAAUGUGUGCUUAGUUGAAGAAGACCAGAACUUUCAUAUUUUUGUUUGUGGCUCACACAUCACACAAAGAGCUUAUAGAAUUUUAGUACAGGCAGCAUGAAGAGUGACCAAAGUGCAGGCCUGUUUUCUAGCUGCACUUAAAACAUAGCUGGAGCUGCUGUGGGUUUCUGCAUGGCUGUUGCACUCAUGUAGUUGCCGAGGAGAUGUGCCACCACCCCUCAUACACACAAAACUGUGCUUCAUUCACUUUUUAUGCUGCCUGUGAGUUGCGUAGCAAUCCAUAACUUGUGGACUCCUGGGGUGAAAGGAGACCAUCACAGCUGCAGUUCCUUUCUUUUUUCUCCCGAGAAACAAGCUUGCUUCUUCAUGUCAUAAUUUCGCACAUUAUGUUGACCUUCUAUAUGUCACUUCAUCAUGUCAUUGAUCUGAAACAGCCAUCAAUGAACAUUUCAUUGUUCAUGUGCAACAUUGCAUGGGGGAAACUCAAGCGAGCAGUGCACACACAACUGUGGGUUUUUACCUGUUUCAAAUUCACUCCACCUGCUCUCAUUUCUCGUGUGAGCCUUCAAAGAAUAAACUUUUUGUCUGAAGAUUACAA